CGAGAAGAGUGUUAUUUAAAUAAAGAAGGAAAUACAGACAUUUAAUGAGUUAAUUCGAUCCAUUUUUAAUUCAAUAUUAAAAUAUAGAUGUAAAAACUAGAUAUCUUGUCAUUCAUAGUUGCAAUAACAGCUGCUAAGUUUGUUGACAUUCAUACAACGUUAACUCAAAUUAAUGCUGACCCAUUUGGCAUGUUGUAUUGUCUGCAAUAAAGGCCCAUCUCCAAGCCUAGACACCAGCUAAUGAAGUUAAAAUGUUCUUGAA